CGCUCAUCGGUAUAAGACAACCCACUGACUCUUGAGUUUAUAGGCCUCGCUCCUCCUUCCUCCGUUCUCCUCCAUCUUUCUCCUGACUCAUCAGUAACCAUGGUACUUUCUCCAGCCCUCCUGCGCACGGCAAUGCGCUCCCUUAGGCCUCAGUCAACUGCAUUCAUGAGGCCCGCGGCUUCUGGUGUCCGACGGCUAACACAGACUUUCAAUCCGCAGGUCAAAGUUCUCGCAGUACUCUACGAUGGUGGCAUCCACGCCGAGCAGGUUCCCGCUCUUCUCGGAACAACUGAGAACGAGCUCGGUAUCCGCAAGUGGCUCGAGGACCAGGGCCACACCCUUGUCACUACCUCCGACAAGGACAGUGAGAACUCCGUCUUCGACCGCGAGCUCGUAGAUGCUGAGAUCAUCAUCACCACUCCCUUCCACCCCGGCUACCUCACCGCUGAGCGUCUCGCCAAGGCCAAGAACCUCAAGCUCGCCGUCACCGCCGGUAUCGGUUCCGACCACGUCGACCUCAAUGCCGCCAACAAGACCAACGGCGGUGUGACCGUUGCCGAGGUCACCGGCUCCAACGUUGUCUCCGUCGCCGAGCACGUCGUCAUGACCAUCCUGACCCUUGUCCGCAACUUCGUCCCCGCCCACGAGCAGAUCGUUGCCGGCGAGUGGAACGUCGCUGCCGUUGCCAAGGACUCCUACGAUCUGGAGAACAAAGUCGUCGGAACCGUGGCCGUCGGCCGCAUCGGCGAGCGUGUCCUCCGUCGUCUGAAGGCCUUCGACUGCAAGGAGCUCCUCUACUACGAUUACCAGCCUCUGUCGGCCGAGAAGGAGGCCGAGAUCGGCUGUCGCCGUGUCGACUCCCUCGAGGAGAUGCUCGGCCAGUGCGAUGUCGUCACCAUCAACUGCCCUCUCCACGAGAGCACCAAGGGUCUGUUCAACAAGGAGCUCAUCUCGAAGAUGAAGAAGGGAGCGUGGCUCAUCAAUACCGCUCGUGGAGCGAUCGUUGUCAAGGAGGACAUCGCCGAGGCACUCGCCUCCGGCCAGCUCCGCGGCUACGGAGGAGACGUCUGGAACCCCCAGCCCGCCCCCGCCGACCACAUUCUGCGCAAUGCCCGCAACAUCUACGGUGCCGGAAACGCCAUGACCCCCCACAUCUCGGGUACCUCCAUCGACGCGCAGAAGCGCUACGCCGACGGAACCAAGAAGAUCAUCGACUCGUACCUGAGCGGUCGCCACGACUACGACCCCCAGGACCUGAUCGUCUACAAGGGUGACUGGGCCACCAAGGCUUACGGUCAGAGGAAGUAGGUCCCGCAUGGUUUAGGGAGUUAUUUGUGAAUACCUGUUGCCUUUUUUCUUUCGGUUUUCUUUGUUUUGUUUUUUAUGUGUCAUGGAUUUUCUUUUUUGCGGGAUGGGGAGAAUAGGGUAUUUGCCACGUCUGCAAGGCUAUUGGUAACUAGCGACCGGGGUAUCUGAGGGCUUGGAGAAGUUUGAAUUGAUUGAACUUACUGUAUAUCAUGGCAUUGGCAGUCAACCAAAUUCAGUCUGUAGUGCAAGUAACCGGUUCAGGGUAGCGACCCCCUUCG